AUGGGCCGAUUCUCGUCCUGGGCGCAGACCCGCGCAGCUGAGAGCCCCAAAGAGGAAGCCGCCGCCGAGGCUGUGCAGGAGAAGCAGCUGUUCGUCGUUGAGAACCUGCAGCUCCGCUCCAAGAGCAACGGCAUCAGAUACCGCUGCUCGCCGGACCUGGCUGACAAGCACAGCAAGGUCGCUUUAUUCGGAUCCCGCAUCAAGGGUAUUCCGUACGGAGGGUGCUGGAUACAGGUUGGAAGUCGAUUUCUGCCAACUCACAUUGGCGGGGCAGAGGUCUUACGCCCCGUCGAGGAGGGUAGUGCCGAGGGCAUCGCCACAGAGCCUGCCGAUGAGGAUGUCAAGGAGCAGGACAAGCUGCUCGGGCAAAUGCUCUUUGGUCGUUCGGAAGUCGAUGCUGGCUACAUUGAUCAGCGACAGCAUGACAAGUCGCCGACGCGAAUAGCGCGAAAUUUGAUCCGUCCGGAGACCUCCAUGACCGAUGCGCCACUCUUGUCGGUCGGAGAUGGAGCUGUCUACGAGGUUCUGUAUGAUCGAGUUGCAAUUCGGUCUGCCGCAAGUACAACCUCCACAACCUUGGAGAUCAAACAGAAGGGCGAGACCCUGGAGCUCUUCGAGUGGGAUCCUUCACGUAAGUGGCGCCGCUGUGCGGCAGACGCGCUCGCAACAACCGCGGGCUGGGUGCUGCUGGACCAUCCAGAAUUUGGGCCUUUGGUGCGGCCACAGGGGGGUCCCCUCUGCGCCCGACCACUGGAGCCCUUGUGCGCUGCCGCCUCAGAAGCGCAGCUCGGGGAGCUGAAGCGCUUCCUGAACGAAGGACUUGACCCACGCGUUUGUGAUGCUGGCGGCAUUUCCGCGCUCACCCUGGCAGCGCAAGCGGAUGCCAGAGACUGCGCGAUUCACCUUAUCGAGGCCGGCGCUGUGACCACCGCCGCAGCGGGAGAUGCAGCGAUCAGGAAUGCCAGCAGUGCGGGCACUCGAGUCUUGAUCCAGGCCCUCCUGGGUCACAUUGUCGAGGAUGAUGCUGCAUUGCAGGAUGCGCUGGGAGAUCUCACCUUGGAGGCGCGCCUGGCAGCCGACAGGAUCCUGGAGCAGCUCUCCGAGGCCGAGGCCGAGGCGGAGGCGCGACGAUCCGGACCUGGUGACGCCGAGAGGACGCAGCCAGCAGCUGGUGAAACAACAGCGGUUGAGCCAGAAGGUCAGCCCAAACUUCCGCGACGGAAGGGAGGAAAGCUCCACGAGGUGCUUCACAAGGCCGUGGCCGUUCGAUACCUUCCAUCCACGACAGCAGAUAUGGUUGGCACCCGAAUCCUGGGCCAGCUUGUCGAGCUCUUCGAGGAGAGCGCAGAUGGAAAGUGGCGAAAAAUGGAAGAUGCAGAAAGUGGUGAAGAGGGCUGGAUGCUUCUGCAGCACCCCCAGCGCGCAGCUCAGUCCUUUCUGGCUUGCGUUUUAGCCGCCUUUUACUGGAACGACUCGGUACGUGAUGCUGAUGGCUUCAAGCGAGAGCUCCGGGUCGCGCCUCUGAUGGGGAUGCCCGCAGCAGACGGGGCACCGGAUGCGGCCCAAGUCUUUAUCGGCCUCCCAACUGCACUCGUUGAAAACUGCUUGUGA